AUGGCUUCUCGUAAUUUCAUGUGUGAAGCAGACGAAAUCCUAGAAGAAGAUGUCCAACUAGGCUCCGUUUACGAGAUCUACCACAAAAACCUUCCUCCUAGAACUCCUGUUCAACUGAGAUCCGUUCGCGUUGUUAUGGUGAGUGAGAAGACAGAUUUGAACGUCGCGAUUAGGUAUCCGAGUAUUCUGUCAUUACGAACUUAUUUCAGUCAUGGAAUCACGGAGAUGUAUCCUGCUUUAGAUGAGAAGUUUGUAAUGGGAGUAAAACUCGCCGGCAAAGUGCUUUUCCGGCAAGUUCCAUCUCAAGAGUUCGCCGAGAAGAAGCAUCUGCAGAAUUUCUGGCUGGUGAACCCAAACUCUCAAGUCGGGUCGGGUCAUACUGCUAUGAAAAUUGAAGAGAUCGGAUUGGCCAAGGAACUGAAGAACAAUGCCAUGGUAAGGUGGGGUGUAAGAAGACAAGUUAUGUUUAUUGGAAGACACAAAGAUAUGAGCAAAACGACCCAGUCUUCUUCAAGCUUUGUUCAUGGCGAAGAAGAACUGAAAAAUGAACAAGAUGUUAACAAUGGUGAAUUUGAGGAGGAGGAGGAAGAAGUUGAUGAAGAAGAGAAGGGUGACGAAGAUGAUGAUAAUCUUAACAGAAGGUUGAAAAAAACAAGAAAUUUGAGAAAAAGAAAGCGUGUGAAACAAGCUAACAACCAGUUAUGGCUAAUUAAUAAAAAACCGAUGAACAAGUGCAAGAAAUUAGGGCUCAUUAAAGAUCCCACAGAAAGGUGGUCAAAGGAGAGGUAUCUAGCGGCGGAGCUCAGUCUUCUAGAAGCUAUGAAAGAGAAGAAGGCGAUGAUUGGGAAUCCGAUUACGAGACCUGCGCUUAGAGUUGAAGCUCGAAAGAGGAUAGGUGACACUGGUCUCUUAGACCACCUCCUGAAACACGUGGCUAACAAGGUGGCGCCAGGUGGCGAUUUGAGGUUUAGAAGGUCACAUAAUGCUGAUGGUGCAAUGGAAUAUUGGCUUGAAAGUGCUGAUCUUCUAAAAAUUAGGAAAGAUGCCGGAGUUAGUGAUCCUUUCUGGACUCCGCCGCCUGGUUGGAAGCCCGGUGAUUCUCCUAUCCAGGAUCCGAUCAUGGCAAAAGAACUUAAUCAUCUCAAACAAGAAAUUUCAUGUAUCAAAAGGGAGUUUUUAUCCAAGAAGCAGUUUGAGGAAGAAAUGGCAAAUCUGAGAAGGGAUAUUAUGGAGUUGAUUUCAAAGAAUAUAAAGAAUCAAGAUGAAAAUAAAGCUAUUGUGGUUUCUGAAGGUGUUGACACGAGUCCAAAGCGAUUGACCAAUUUUUGUAAUUCAUUGCUUCCUUAUUCCGAGUCUGAUGUAGAUAACUCAAGAGUCUCAAGGGAAGAAUGCAAGAAAGAAAUGUUGGUCAUUUUGAAGAAGGUUGAGGCGGAGACAAACAAGAUGACAGGUGGCAGUAGUGGCACAGAAGAAUUAAUUAAUAAUACCCAAACAGCCCCUGCCCCUGAUGAUGCUGCUAAAAAACAUACUGAAAAAAAGAAAGAAGCUGUGGCACUACCAAAACAAGGUAGUGAUCCUCAGGAGACAUCAGACGGAGGUGCACGGAAAGUAGCACCAACACCACCACCUGCAGGUGAAGGAAAAGCAGCGAAAAUUGAGAGGUUGAAAAGUGGGUUCAGACUUUGCAGACCACAGGGUACUUUCCUGUGGCCAAACAUGGUGAACAACCCCACCAACACCACCUCUUGUUCUUCUCAGGUUGUGGAUCUUUUGGUGGUCCCAACUCCACCAUCUGUUAACUCCUCCACGCCACCACAGCUACCCUACCACCACCAUCCUGCCUCUCCUCCAGUGAAGCCUGUGCCGGAGAGACGCGCCGUUACUGUCACCGUUUCCAGUACUGACCAUCCGCAUUCUUCCACCAAUAACGGCAACAAAAUAUCAACCGGCCUCAUCAACCUCAAUGACAUCCCAACAAUUCCAUCUGCACCACAACAGACUCAACUCAUGCCAACUGCUCAUCAGGUGAAGAGUGAAUUAGCCCAACAACAACAACAACAAAAAAGGAAGACUAGCAGGUCAUCAUCUUCCGCUUCUGCUUCUGCUUCGUCGUCUUGCUUGUCCAACACAGUAACUCCGGCAACUUGGCUAUCCAUAUCAGGCUCUAGAUAG